AGACAAGCUCCUCUGAAGCGAGAAGCUGCCCUCAGCUGUGAGUCCUGUGCAAGAUCACUAAUGAUUACCUGGCAUUUCUGCAUCACAGGCGGGUCCUCAGGGUUUGUGUGAGUUUGCAAACAUGUUCACCGUUUCUCAGACCUCGAGAGCAUGGUUCAUCGAUAGAGCCCGUCAGGCUCGUGAGGAAAGGCUUGUGCAGAAGGAGCGGGAGCGGGCAGCCGUGGAGAUUCAGGCCCACGUCCGGAGUUUUCUCUGUCGGCGUCGACUGAGGAGAGAAAUCAGGAGAGAGAUUGAUGAGUUUUUUACGGCAGAUGACUCGGGGUCCAGUAAAAGAAGUGCACUUUGUAUUUUUAAGAUUGCCAGGAAACUGCUGUUCUUGUUCAGAAUUAAAGAGGAUAAUGAGAGAUUUGAGAAGUUGUGUCGCUGCAUCCUGAGCAGCAUGGAUGCUGAGAACGAACCCAAGGUGUGGUAUGUGUCCCUGGCUCUUUCCAAGGAUCUCACCCUCCUAUGGAUUAAACAGAUCAAAGACAUUCUGUGGUAUUGCUGCCAGUGUCUUCAGCAGCUCAAGCCUGAAAUUUUACAAGACUCCAGACUUGUCACGCUGUACCUCACAAUGCUUGUCACCUUCACAGACACUUCAAUGUGGAAAAUUCUCCGGGGAAAAGGUGAGAGUCUUCGACCAGCCAUGAACCACAUUUGUGCAAAUAUAAUGGGACAUCUCAACCAGCAUGGAUUUUAUUCUGUGUUGCAGGUCUGUGACCCCCGUCUUAAUGGAUAUGAAGUGGUAUCUCACCGUCAUUUUGAUUCGCAGUUCCCUGGUUCAUGUGCAGACCUGUCUGAAUCAGGUGAUCUGUCUGUGUCUAGCCCUGUGAUUGCUGCACAAUUUUCAGACAAUCUGAUUCGGCCAUUCCUCGUCCACAUCAUGUCCGUGCCUGCUCUUGUGACUCAUCUCAGCACAGUGACCCCUGAGCGCCUCACUGUUUUAGAAUCUCAUGACAUGCUUCGUAAAUUCAUCACCUUUUUAAGAGACGAAGAUCGAUGCCGUGAUGUAUGUGAAAGUUUAGAAGGGUGCCAUACGCUUUGUCUAAUGGGCAACCUCCUGCACUUGGGCUCCCUCAGCCCCCGAGUGUUAGAGGAGGAGACAGACGGGUUUGUGAGUUUGCUCACCCAGAUGCUGUGCUACUGUCAGAAGUACGUGUCUCAGAAGAAAUCCAACCUGACCCACUGGCACCCUGUCCUUGGCUGGUUCUCCCAGUCUGUGGACUACGGCCUUAACGAGUCAAUGCCCUUGAUCACCAAACAGCUGCAGUUCCUGUGGGGGGUGCCUCUGAUCCGGAUCUUCUUCAGUGACAUCCUGAGCAAGAAGCUGCUAGAGAACCAGGAGCCAGCUCAUGUGCAGCCGGCAUCCCCACAGAACAUGCUUCCCGUGAAGAAUCUCCUGAAGCGUGCGUUUCAGAAAUCUGCAUCCGUUCGGAAUAUUCUCAGGCCUGUCGGGGGUAAACGUGUUGACUCUGCGGAGGUGCAGAAGGUUUGUAACAUCUGCGUCCUCUACCAGACCUCGCUGACGACGCUAACCCAGAUCCGGCUGCAGAUCCUCACAGGUCUCACUUACCUUGAUGACCUGCUGCCCAAACUUUGGGCAUUUAUCUGUGAGCUGGGGCCCCAUGGAGGGUUAAAGCUCUUCUUGGAAUGCCUAAACAAUGACACUGAAGAGUCGAAGCAGCUCUUGGCCAUGCUGAUGCUGUUCUGUGACUGUUCCCGGCACCUAAUCACGAUCCUUGAUGACAUUGAAGUUUAUGAAGAACAAAUUUCAUUCAAACUGGAAGAGCUGGUCACCAUCUCCUCUUUUCUGAACUCCUUUGUGUUUAAGAUGAUCUGGGAUGGAAUUGUAGAGAAUGCCAAGGGCGAGACCUUGGAGCUGUUCCAGUCCGUCCACGGCUGGCUGAUGGUGCUGUAUGAGCGGGACUGCCGGCGGCGCUUCGCCCCCGAGGACCACUGGCUGCGAAAGGACCUCAAACCUAGUGUGCUCUUCCAGGAACUCGACAAGGACCGAAAACGGGCACAGCUGAUCCUGCAAUACAUCCCUCACGUCGUUCCUCACAAAAACAGAGUUCUCCUGUUCCGAAACAUGGUUACCAAGGAGAAGGAGAAACUGGGCCUCGUGGAGACCAGCUCGGCCUCCCCUCACGUCACUCACAUCACCAUCCGACGGUCCCGGAUGCUGGAGGACGGCUACGAGCAGCUUCGGCAGCUCUCCCAGCAUGCUAUGAAGGGCGUGAUCCGCGUGAAGUUUGUCAAUGACCUUGGGGUGGACGAGGCAGGGAUUGAUCAAGAUGGCGUUUUCAAGGAGUUCUUGGAAGAGAUCAUCAAGAGGGUGUUCGACCCGGCCCUCAAUCUGUUCAAGACAACCAGUGGGGAUGAGAGACUCUACCCUUCGCCCACGUCCUACAUUCAUGAGAACUACCUGCAGCUCUUUGAGUUUGUGGGCAAGAUGCUGGGGAAGGCUGUGUAUGAGGGAAUUGUGGUGGACGUGCCCUUUGCGUCCUUCUUCCUGAGCCAGCUGCUUGGGCACCACCACAGUGUCUUCUAUAGCUCUGUGGAUGAACUGCCUUCUCUGGACUCGGAGUUCUAUAAAAACCUCACUUCCAUUAAGCGCUACGAUGGGGACAUCUCUGAUCUGGGCUUGACGCUGUCGUACGACGAGGACGUGAUGGGUCAGCUUGUUUGCCAUGAACUGAUUCCUGGAGGGAAGACCAUUCCUGUUACAAAUGAAAAUAAAAUUAGCUACAUCCAUCUGAUGGCACAUUUUCGAAUGCACACUCAAAUCAAAAACCAGACAGCUGCCCUCAUUAGCGGAUUCCGUUCCAUUAUCAAGCCCGAGUGGACCCGGAUGUUUUCAACCCCUGAGCUACAGCGUCUCAUCUCCGGUGACAAUGCUGAGAUUGAUCUGGAAGAUUUAAAGAAACACACGGUGUACUACGGUGGUUUUCAUGGAAGUCACAGGGUCAUUAUCUGGCUCUGGGAUAUUCUGGCCUCCGACUUCACACCCGAUGAGAGAGCCAUGUUUCUGAAGUUUGUGACCAGCUGCUCCAGGCCCCCGCUCCUGGGAUUCGCCUACCUCAAGCCUCCUUUCUCCAUCCGCUGUGUCGAAGUGUCGGAUGAUCAGGACACCGGGGACACCCUGGGCAGCGUCCUCCGGGGCUUCUUCACCAUCCGCAAGCGGGAGCCAGGCGGCCGUCUGCCCACCUCCUCCACCUGCUUCAACCUGCUCAAGCUGCCCAACUACAGCAAGAAGAGCGUCCUCCGGGAGAAGCUGCGCUACGCCAUCAGCAUGAACACGGGCUUCGAGCUCUCCUAGCCCCCGCCCCGCGCCCGUCCGCCUGGCCUCGCCCACUCCUGGGCUGCAGGGACCUUCAGGCCAGGAGGCAGCCUUCCCCGGGGAGCGUGCCCGACAUGCCAAGUGACAGCAGCCCACAGACACUCUCUAUAGCCAUGAGACUCCCCUGUGGCCUCCAGAACCGUGGAUGCACGUGACGACUCGACACAGCAUUCCCCAGGUGACACUAAUGGGAAGGGGGUGUUGAAAAUAAACCUCCAGAUUCCGCCAGCA